AUGGAACGAAAACUUAUCACUUCAGGUUCAGAAUUCGAGGAACAAAUUGCUUAUUCAAGAGCAGUCAUAAUUGGGCAAAUGAUUUUUGUUUCGGGAACCACAGGAUAUGAUUAUAAUACUAUGAAAAUUUCGGACAAUGUGAUAGAUCAAGCAGACCAAGCUAUAAGAAAUAUCGAGAGUGCUUUGGUAGAUGCCGGUUCUUGUUUACAAGAUGUGGUAAAAGUCACAUAUAUAUUACCAGAGGCUGGUGAGUUCGAAAAAUGCUGGCCAGUAUUAAGAAAAUACUUUGGGUUCAUAAGACCAGCAGCUACAAUGAUAUCGGCCAACUUAUUAGAUACGAAUAUGAAGAUUGAAAUCGAGGUAACAGCAUUAAAAUCGCAAUAG